GGGGAGGCAGGAAACCAGUAGACGCGGGUGGCAACGGCGCGUGCUCAUGCAUGGGGGCAAACAAACACGUGGGGACUCAUGAUUGGUGCGGAGGGCGAGAGCAUGCGGGACAAUCUCAUUGGUCCGUUGUGAUGCUGGUCAUCACACGUAUCGACGAAGCACAGAUGACGGCCCUCCGCACACUCUUCCGCGCAGGACCAGGGACAUCGAUAGGAGCAAUGCACAUCAGCUGUGGACUACCAAAGAUGUCGAUGCGAGCAAAGAUACUGGCACUCCAGACAUGGGCAAGAUGGGACGACGAGAUCGCAGACAACUCAAAGAUGAUAUCGAUCGUCCUCAGAAACACCCGCUCACCCCCGUUCACAGGCGAGCAAUUCCUUGGACACAAGCUGUUGCAAGACAAACACUGGCAACGACUAAUGGCCAGGCAGGACACCAAUCCUGAAUUGACAGCGACCGAGGCCUUCCUUGGAACGGAAGCGUCGGCCUUAAGGAAGAAGGACAAAACCAUAGGGACACAAAGGAGCUGGUUCCACCCGUUCCUCGACCCCGAUAGACCACUACUCUGCACCAACCCAGAGUGGACACUGCGACUAGCCCGGGACCUACGGAAGAACAGGUAUCUUCGAGCAUUCCCAGACCCGGCUAACGGACGAGCACGACAUCGACAGCGAGCCCAGGCUGCCCAAGAGGACGACUUGGCGAUCCCUCUGCGAGAAGCCAUCCUCACAGAACACAUGAGGACAGCGUUCAAACGAGACCAACAACUCACAGCCGCAUGCACACCGACAACCUCGAUGUCGGCACUGUGGAGAGCCGAGGGAUACACAGGUAGUCAGCCUAUCCUCGAGCUAAUGAUUCGAUGGCGACUUGGGAUAUUCCCAGGACACACCAAGGGAGGAAGCAGACCCUGCCGAUGGUGCUCCAAGAACGGAAUCAAAGUAGACCUUAACCGUUCCCACGCUCAAAGAUGCGUCGACCCCAAAGGCAUCCUGGCAAGAAAGGUCAACGAACUCGCACGGACCCACCCAAGCUGGGUCAAACCCACAGUCGAAGGAGUGGGGCCUAUAGACAUGCUGCUUGACUUGCUGGAGUUUGAAGCCAAGAAGGAUAGAGAAGAGCAACAGCAGCACACUGGUGUGGGAACCCAAACACCAGGGAGAGAGAGACAUGGCAAUAACAAUAAUAAUCACUCGGUGGGGAAGCGAGGGGAGAGACCGGGGCUUUUGAUCGCAUCAAUAGUCUCGGAUACAGAUGAUGACACUGGCAUCAGUGAUGCUGAUGUAGACGACGACUUUGAUGAUCGAGAUCGGCUCUGGAGCUCCCUACCGGGAGUGAUUGCUCGUAUGGGGAGGCUCAGACUCACUGGUCCCGAAGUGGACUCGGACCUUGGCUCUGAAGUCAGCUCAGUGUCAGACUACGACAUUGACUUUGACUUCUUGGUAAGAACCGACCCAACGCCGAGACCAAUCUGGGACGAGCUUGACGAACUGUCUCUCGAUAGUGGAGGACACUACUGCUGGGACACUGACCAGAGUUUGGACUUAGUAUCCCACUCCGAUCAUAGUGGGGACCUAGUGCCUCACUCUGACCUUGGUGGGGACUUAGUACCUCACUCCGACCAGAGUGUGGACUUAGAGCCCCACCACCCCGAACCGAGCUCAGACCUUGCCUCGGGGUCGAACUGGGGAGGAACCUCAGAGUCAGUCUCAGAGUCUGGCUCAGAGUACUCCCCUGAUGGUAACGAAGACAAUGGAGACCGAAACCGGGCCAGGAAGACGAAUAGAAACAUAGUCUCUGGCCUCGAAACCAUAGAGGUUCCCACGCCCUCCCAAGGACGAAGUACUGACCCGAUCCCAGAGUCCGACGAUGACUUGGGACUAGGUCAGACCCCAGGAUACGAGAUAAAUCCCGAGUACCCCUCCCACAGACAAACUCACACUCCCUUGAGGGCAAGUCAAGACCCAACACCGCACAGCAAACCCUGGAGUGGGUUCGAGAUGAUACUGGAGGGAGACUUGGAUAAACCAACCCCCGACAUCCCUGAGCGGGACUUGGAGACAUGCGACUCCCUCUGGGAGUUAUUAGAAGAAGUGUUCACCCGCAUGGCUCGCCGUGUGGGCUGGAGAGUCGGCGAAGGCCGCAACAGGGGUGUAUGAGCGAGCCUGGCCACCCACUGCCGGGUAUCCUGCGAUACUGAUGGCAUGUUGAAUAUUCUUGAAUAUACAACUAUCAAAAAAAAAAAA